AUGACGACGAUAGAAGCGCAGCGCAACACCGGCGCCGGCACCUUUAGAUCUAUUCAGAGUCCUCCAGAAUCGUCGUUGUCAUCGACAGAAUCCCAGAGAGUGCCAACGACCUCCCCAUCAGCCUCAAUGAUAUCUUCUACCACGACAGUGACGGGCACUCAACACCUACCACCCAAAGCUCCUUUAUCGACCCUCCCCACGAUACCCCAUCAAGAACCAGCUUCAUCUUCUUCCUCUCGCCCAACAUCACCCACACCAUCUAAUCAUUCGCUCUCCGAUACCGAUUCGGAAUCUUCAUUUCCUUCGGUCUCCUCGAGCUUUUUCUUUAGUUCAGCGGCUCACAGUCCAAAUUCCAACCCAUACUCGCAACCGCAUUCGAACGAUAGUGGCGGGGAGUAUGAAGGUCAAGAAGGGCUGCAUAUGAUCAUACCUUCUUUGACGCUGCCAGAGACGGUACAUCCGACUCCCAGGCAAGAGCAGGUCCGCGAAGAUACUGAAAUUAGGUUGAUUGCCAUAGUGGGCCCGGAUAUGUUGAAAGAAGUCGAGCAAAGUCUUGUUAGAGCGUACUGGGAGGAGGGUGAAGAUAAGGAACAUCUCAAGGUAUUGAAAGGUACUGUGAACGGUCGAGAUUCGGAUCCGGAGUUGGAUAGUGACAAGCGGAAGCUGAGGGUGGCACUUUGGGUCAUUGAGCAUUCGGAGGCUCUGGAUAGUCGCGAGAUAUCUCAGAUCAUUCGUCGACUCAUCAAUUCAUCGUUCCGCUCGCUUGAUUCUCAGCUACAUCAAGAGCAUGAAGUUGAUUCAUUGGCAUCUUCGACGUUCUUCUCGGACGUACACACGGCUGUCCUCAUCUGUCCAACGUCGUCCCUGACCGACCAUAUGAGCGAUUUAGAAUAUCUCAUUCCAUCCAUUCACCUAGAUCUACCAAUAUCACAGCAGACUCUCCACGAUCUUAUACUACCCACAGGACUCUCGAGGCAGAAAAAACAAGUGGCAGACAAUUUCCUCAGAUGGCGGGCCUCCAAUCAUGAACGAGACACUACUCUUCCUCACUUACAAGGCAAUAAACACCGGGCUAGACGUUGGAACAAGGCCGACUGGGAACGAGAAGUAGAGGAAGAAUUGGGAGUGUCGUUGUAUCCCAUAUCUUCACCUCCACCUCCACCUCCCGCUCCACUAACAGCUCGCGUUCCGCCUCAUACAGUUCAUCGUUUCACCCCCGAAACGGCAGCGAGCCAUUAUCCUUCCUCACCCGAGGCAACGAUAUUAUCCCCGAGGCCCCGUCCUUCGAAGUCCUCGUCUGGUAGUGGUAGUAACGUACGACCACACAAGAGACCAUUAUCGCCGCCGCCUUUACUGUCUUCCCCUUCCCCAUCACCCUCGCAAGCAGUGCCUCCGCAUCAUUCAGUCAUUGCUGAUCCUUUGCAUCUCCCAUCGUUGGUCAUGUUGGGUGUUGAAUUAUUUGGUGCGAUGAGGGCGAGAGUGUUUGGUCGGCGUGUGCACAAGGAGUUAGAAUUGAGACGGGAAAAUGGGAAUGGUGGUGGUGGUUCUGGUGCUGCUAGCCCGGUCAAGUUUUUGAUGCUCGGAUUUUGUGUUGGCGUUGGAGUUGGAGUUUGGUUGGGUAGGGUUGUUUGGGGGACAGUUUAA